AUGGGAAUCCUCGCUCUUGUUCACGCGGCGGUGGAUUAUCUGCUGUCGUGGGUUAAACUAAUCCAAAACCGCGAGAUCGGAUGGCUCACGAUCAAUCGAAAGACCGGUCAAUACAUGCGCGAGCAACAGCCCCUCAUGAAGAAAAUCAAGCUCCUCCUCCUCUUCAACCCGCUGACGACAUGGCUCGACACGACGCAUGCGAUGAGGUUGUAUAUGCAUAGUAGUGCGGUCAAAGAGGGCAAGAGAGAAGCAACCCCGGCGUCACGCAACCGCAUCCAGCAGUUCGUCGACACCUUCAACAUCAACAUGGAUGACUUUGAGCCCUCGGAUAUCAACGCCUACCCGACCUUCGAGGACUUUUUCAUCCGCCGCCACAAACCGGGUAGUCGACCGAUCUACGAACCCGACAACAACAGCUCUGCGGUCGUAGUCGCAGACUCGCGCGUCGUCGUCUACGAAGCCGUGGCCGAGAGCAAAAAGAUCUGGAUAAAAGGCGAGGACUUUUCAAUCACGAAUCUGGUCAUGGAUAAGAAGAUAGGCCCACAGUUCCAUGAUGGGCCCAUUGCGAGCUUUAGGCUCUCCCCGCAGGACUAUCAUCGGUAUCACAGUCCUGUUUCGGGACGGGUGAAGGUGUACAGGAGCAUGCCGGGGGAUUACUAUGAUGUUGAUCCGCUGGCGAUUCAGAGUGGGGUGGAUAUUUUGACAAGGAAUGCGAGGGAUUAUGUCGUGAUUGAGACGGAGGAGUUUGGGGAGGUCCUCUUUGUUGCGAUUGGGGCGAGUCAGGUGGGGACUGUUGAGAUCCACGAAAAGUGGCAAACGCCCGGCGCGGAGAUCAAAAAGGGCGACGAGGUGGGACUCUUCCAGUUUGGGGGAUCAAGUAUCAUUGUUGCGUUUCAGAGGGGAAGGAUUCAAUUUGAUGAGGAUUUGAUUAGGCCUUCGAAGAAUGCUAUUGCAGUUGAUGUUGAGGUGGGGAUGAGCCUCGGGCGUGCCGUGCCGGCGGGGGAUGAGAAGGGUCCACAUAAUUCGUGA